CAGCCACAGAGGGGGAGGAGGGGGAGGGGGAGGGGACGAGGGGCGAGCCAGGGACGGGGGAGAAGCCUGUGGCGACAGGUCGGGUCGCGCUCCGCACGGGCGGAGGGAGAACGGCCGCUCCAGGAGCACCGGCUGCUGCUCCGGGUGCGGGCAGCCGAUUCACGGGUCAGGAGCUGCUGAUGGGCGAGCCUGUCCGAGCGGCGCUCGGCGUGCACCGCUUCCUCGGGGUCAGCGACGAGGAGCUGUACGCCGGACUCUCGCGCGGCGUACACGCCAUCGUCGCCGAGUUCGAAGCGGCGGGCUCGUCCGACGAUCUCGAGUGCCUCGAGUACAUCUUGCGAGGCACUUCGGGCAGCAACGGGCGCCGCUGGGCGAACGGAGUCCUCGACGAGGGCCGCGAGCCGGGCCUCCCCUUCUCCCACUUCGUCGACAGGCCAGAGGCGCGCGAGGCCGACCUCUCCCCGGCGCACGUGCUGGCGCUGCGCCUCUACUCCACCGCAGCCUACCGCUCGAUCAACAACCCGCUGCGCGACGAGGCGCGCGCGGGCCCGCACCCGCUCGCCGUGACCGUCGCCUUCAUCAACGAAGGCCUCAAGCGGCUGCGCGCCGUCUCCGCGCGGGCCGACGAUGCGUAUCGCUCCAUCGACUUGUGGCGCGGCAUGCGCGACCUGCACGUCACGGGCGAGUUCAUGGCCAGAGGCGGCACGGAGCAGGCGCCGAUGUCGACGACGCGCUGCCUGGACGUUGCCGUGCGGUACUCGGCGUCCGACCGGCCGCUGCUGCUCAAGCUCAAGACGACGAGCUUCAUGGAGCGCGGCGCCGACCUUGCGUGGUGCUCCGCCUUCCCCGGCGAGGCGGAGGUAUGCUUCCCGCCCCUCACCUUUCUGGUGCCGACGUCGUUGCGCGAGACCAUCUGCGUGCAGGGCCACACAUUCACCGUGGUGGAGGUCGAGCCACAUUUUGCGUCUUGAGGAGACAGUUCCGACGAGAGCGGGGCUGUAUGAGAGCCGCGGAGCUCGAGAGAGUGGGCACUACUGCCGUGAUCCAUUAUCCCUCCAACUCUGACACUCCGUGAACACACGCAUCAGAAAACUGGGUCAUGGGCCUGCGAUGUGACACGUUGGUCAGGUGACACGUUUAUUAUAUUCUCAAACAAGUCAAAAA